AUGAUGAGCUACCGCUUUGAUAUGCCCACGACAGCGAAGCCGGCCCCGGCACCGAUACCCAGACGAGCCAGGCCCAUUAUAAACGAGCGGUCGAAAUCCAAGGGUCCCGUCCCCUUUGACCCGGAAGACCUGUCGAGGAGAUUGAUCGUGGUGCUUUCCGAGAGGGAGGAGAGAAGCAGGAAGAAGGCGCACGACCGGGAAGUCCGGGCACGCCUAGCUGCUUCCGUCUCGACCGAAAUCGACAGCGGCUACACUGUCGGCGCCGGGGCGUCGGGGUCAGACCACGUUGCUCCCGCGUUGUUGGGAGCCACCAAGGCAUUUCCUCCCGAUACUGCCCCGACAGACGACCACAGACUUCCAUACCGUCACAUGCCAGAGGUGGCCGCCUCGCAAUUUUCACGGACCACUACUGUCGACCCCAGAAACAAGAACAGCAACAGCAACAGCAACAGCAGCAAGAGCAAGAGCAGCGAGGGCAAGUCCCUGGUUCACGAGCUGUCGAUGAGAGCCAUGAGAUUCACCAACUCCAACACCGCUCAGAAGGACGAUACCUCCAGGACAGCAGCACACGACGCCCGCCAUUGCUGCCCCGCGAUAUCCGGAAAGACAGACGACUCCCACCCUCGGCGACUUGAAAAGCUAGCACAGCGUCAUACCCUCUCGCCCAGAUUCCUCUCCAAGUCCCGCGACAGCGAUGACGUGACGGCUGCGGAGGCAAAACGGUUCAGCGACAGCGGCGCCAACUAUCGACGCCGCGACUCAUGCGAUCUCCCGGAGAUGGCCUUGCUCUCCCCGGACAGUCAGACCAGCUUCGCCGGCCAGCAACACCCUAUGGUUGACUGGACGCAGAGCGACGAGGGCGCCCUGCCCGCAUCAGGAGGUGUAGACGCCCAGCCACGAUACUCGGCUGUCGCCGCCGAGAAGCACGAGUCCAAGUGGGCCAUCAUGAGCCGGUUUGGACAGAAGAACAAGUCGCCGCCCAAGUCGCCCGUUUCGCUGAGGGCGACGAGAUCCGCCUUCUUCACGCGGUUCAAGCGGUAA